CCGGCCCUACCCCCUCAGCCUUCCAAAGCCCGUCAACUCUUUUAUUCUUGUUAAUUAUUCCUUCUUUUGAUUAAAUCCCAUUUUUCUUUCUCGCCCUUCUUCUACUACUCCAUCACUUCUACUCUUCCAAGCAAGGCCUUUUGGGUCGUCGCCUUGGUCCCUUUAGGGUUUUCCUUCUUAUCUUCAUCCAUUCAUCCAAAUUUUUGUCCUUUGAUCGGUAGAAUAUUCAAUUUAUAUAUUUAAUUCUGAACUUAUUUGUUCAGAGUAGUGAGUAAUUUUUUGAUUGUUAAAGCGAGAUCCAAAAAGAUGAAGGUAAUUGAAGAGGAAAUCUCGUCUUGUUUUGGGAGUGGUAAAAUUUUUCCACCCGGAUUCCGGUUCCACCCCACCGAUGAAGAGCUGGUCCUCUACUAUUUGAAGAAGAAGAUGUGUCGCCGGUUUCAUCUGCUCGACGUCAUCGGCGAGACUGAUGUUUACAAGUGGGACCCAGAAGAGCUGCCUGGAUUGUCUAAAUUAAAAACUGGGGACAGGCAGUGGUUUUUCUUCAGUCCCAGAGAUAGGAAGUAUCCCAAUGGAGCGAGGUCCAACAGGGCAACCAGGCGUGGGUACUGGAAAGCAACGGGGAAAGAUCGGAUAAUUACAUGUAAUGCUCGUGAUGUUGGGGUGAAGAAAACCUUGGUUUACUAUCAAGGUCGUGCACCUUCAGGUGUGCGAACAGACUGGGUGAUGCAUGAAUACACCUUGGAUGAAGAAGAGCUAAAAAGAUGUCAGGCUGUGAAGGAUUAUUAUGCACUUUACAAGGUAUAUAAAAAGAGUGGACCAGGUCCAAAGAAUGGUGAACAAUAUGGUGCACCUUUUAAGGAGGAGGAGUGGGAUGAUGAAGGAGGUGAGACCAAUGGACUUAUUGACCACAACGACCAGGAGAAUCCUGUGAAGCUGGUUAAUGAAACAGCUCCUGUUAGUGAGAAUGGAAUUGUGUCUCAGCCGCAGUCCCAUUUAGAUGAUUUCGAGGAGUUUAUGAAUGGAAUGGCAAAUGAGCCUGUAGUUGUUCCAUCUCCUGCAGUGGACUAUGGAUAUUCUUUAGAGGAGCUCUUGUGCGAGGAGGAGGCCCAGAGUAAUCUAGUGGAUCAAUCCUCACGGGAAGUCAAUUUACAUGAUCAAAGCACAGCUGUUCACCCAGCCUGUCAGGAGUACAAUGUGCAGCCUAGCUUUGACUUGACACAGUCAGGUACAUCUCAAUUACAGUUGCACGAGGCAUCUGAGGUCACAUCUGUUCCACAGAGUUAUGCAUCAGCUCCUCAUGCGGUUGAAGGGGAUUUCCUGGAAGAUUUUCUAGAGAUGGAUGAUCUUCUUGGUCCACAACCAACUGUUCAGGCCUUUGGAAAAUCCGCUGUUGAAAAUCUGCAGUUUGAUGAGUUCGAUGGGUUGAGCGAGCUUGACCUGUAUAAGGAUGCACCCUUAUUUCUUAAUGAGUUUGAAACAGGGGAACAGGGGCAGAUUGCUCAACCUUAUAUGAAUAAUAUGGGCACUGAAGUUGUGGAUCCUGUUUCAAGUUUCUAUUUCAACGAUGGUUUAACGGAAACUAUAAACUGUGAGCAGACUUAUUUAAGCAAUCCAGAGGAGGUGAGUUUUCAACCAUGGUCACAUGAUCAAAGGAGCAGUGUCUUUGCUGCAACAGAAGCUCAUCAGGGGACCAUACAGCCAGCAAUCUCAGAUGGAUGGUAUGGGAAGACCAUGUCAUCUUCAACUUGGUGAAAACUCUACUGCCCAAGUGGAUAUGGGAGAGUUUGAGCCAGCUUCAAGAGCUCUUCUGCUUUUACUGUGGUGUAAGACUUAAUUGCUAAUAUUCAUAAGUUUUGGCAUGUUUAGGUAUGGGUUAUGAUGGUAACUUUUCCGAUCAUGGUUCUGGAGCUGAUCAAAAUCAGAGUGGCAAACAGGAUGGUACAGACUCUUGGUUUUCUUCUGCUCUCUGGUCUUUUGUGGAGUCUAUACCCACCACUCCUGCUUCAGCUUCAGAAAGUGCGAAUCGGGCCUUUGAGCGAAUGUCUAGCUUUAGUAGGGUAAGAAUAAAUAGUAAAAACACGAAUGUUGCUGCAGGUAGUAUCUCAGCAACUUCAAGUAGUUCAGUCAAAUGUAAGAGUGGAUUUUUCUGUUUUUCAUUGCUUGGUCUGUUAUGUGCCAUCUUAUGGAUGUUGAUAGGAACAUCUGUAAAAGUCCUGGGAAGAUGCAUAGCCUAGUAAUAAUGUAAAUUGAAGUUUUGCUGGUUUUACUCAAAAGUGUUUUAUACAAGUUGAACAUAGCUUAUGAAUGUUGCAGAAUCUCGUAUCAUAUAAUUCUUAAACCUUGGCAGCCCCUCGUCUGCAGGAAUUGCAAAGAGUAAACAGUGGCCCUGUUUUGUCUUACUUUAGCAUUCUUUUAUCUUAGCAUUUUUGUCUUACUCAGCAAUACUCAGCAAUUUUGUCUUACUUUAGCAUAGCAUUCUUUCCAUGUGGUAACUAGAAAGAUGAAUUUGUAUAAUUCCCGUCUCAUUGUAAGGAAUCUGCAUUUCUUCAAAAAAUUGUAGUUUAUCAUUAUAUGAUUUAUCAGUAGGCUUUGAGCGUUCCCAGGAUGAGGGAUUUAUUGUACUAUCCCAACACUUGGACUAGUUGAGUACGAUGUUACACCAACAGCUUCUGCCAGCAGCAAAGUCCGCAAGUGCUACGAGAAAAAUGGCGAGGAUGUUUGGGCUCAAGGAACUUGGUCUUCUUUGGCUAAAGGAGAUUAGCGAGAGCAGAAAAUGUUGUCGUCUUUCACUUGAUUUGAUUGUUAUUUGGAGAAGUUGUAAAUAGUUUGCUCCUACGUUUAUUCCCUGUCCAUUCAUUUUGUGUACUAACGUAUCUUCGUCUUUCUAACCUAGAUCAAGCUAUGAAUUGAGGAGGCAAUCAUUUGGUAAAGCUCCAAUCUCCAUUAAAGCUUAUUAGGGUUGUUUGUCUAAUAGUCUAUCCUCAAGCUUUACAUCUCUGAAAUGUUUGCGCAAAAUCUUUGUAUGGUAAAGAAUAAUAUGUUCAGCAACAUUGUCUUCAAAAUUUGCGAAAGAAAGUAAUUUCUCCAGUGAAGUCAUCUAUGAAUUUCUUACAUCAUAUGCACAAUGAAAUUUUGUAAGAUGUUGAGUAUACUUCCACAUGUAAACUGCUGCAAAAUUGAUAGGGGCAUCAAAUGGAAGCAUGGGGUUGUAGAGCAAAAUGGUUUACCUUGUACGGAAUUCUCAGUUUGCUAAUGAUAUAUUUGCAACAGAAGAAAAGGGCAAAAAAAAAAGUACAUUAGAUGUCCGGGUCUCUGUUACUCGUUUCUUUGGUGUAUCUUUUAGGGGGACCUUUCUUGAUCAACUAGCUAUAACUUGUUAGGAAUAGAAAAGCACAAACAGAUGAAUGUAAAAGAAAAAUUUAGUAAGAACUGACUGCAUUAUUAUGCUAGUAGCAGUACAGCUCAUUUUUUCUCAUUUCAAAUGUAAUUUAGCCUGUCCAGUGCGCAUUCUGGACCUUAAUUCAUGUUGCUAGUUGAAGUUUCUAAGUUGAUCUUCGAGUAUCUUUUGAAGUUGAUCUUACUCUUACGGUAUCCUUGUUCCCACUUCCGAUUUCAGUAGUCACAUUAUUGUUACCAUCUCAUGCUGAUGCUGCUACUAUAUAUUAUAACAACUGAAAAUCAGCCACCAGGAUACUUAAUCUCUAUCUUAGUUAGUUCCUCUUGCUGAUACAAAUCUGGGUUGAUCUUCAUGUUUCCUUGACUAUCUUUGAAACUGAUUUUAAUUAUGCUCAUUAUACGUUUUCCUUGAGCCCACUUUCGGCAAGAAUCUUGACUGUCUGCUGCAAGACUUGCCAAAAAAAAAAAAUUUUUUUUUUUUGUUUGUUCUCCCAGGUUUUGUCUUAGCUUUCUUCAGGCUUUGAUGGAUGGACGUUUGUGUUACUAUUGCAGUCAAGUUUGGUGUCUUAGCUUGAAGCAGAAAACCCUCAGUUGCAUGCACAAGCUACAGCUAAGGAAGCAGGCAGUCCUUUGUUUUGGGCAGAAUGUAUUGUUGUUCCAACUUGUAAAAGCUGUCGCCAUGGUUAUAAUGCAUGGACCAUUGCGCAAUUGGAUCUGUAGCAGUCUUUUGCUAACUGGUUUAUUGUGAUUGUAUUUCCUGGGGUAUGCCCCUUGUAGUUUUGUAUCUCCUUUGGGUAUCAAUAAAUAUCUUACCCAGCAAAAAAAAAAAAAGAUGUUAA